GGGUAUUAAACGGGCCAACACAGUGCUACUAGAAACGGCAUUUGGCCCUUUUUAAUUCGAAGUCUCACUUUUUCAUUGACCGUUUGGAAUUCGCGAACACCCCAGUAACGUCUUGUUGCUUCUGCCUCACGCGAAAACACUUCACUGAGCCUCCCGAACGUCCCGCUUCGCGAUGGCUGACGACAGCGUGUGCGUGAUCGAGUCGCCUUCGUCGUCGUCGGAGGCCGACGACAACAGUGACGAGGACUACAACCCCACUGCGGCUCGGGGCCGCAAGGCGGGAACGAAAAGUCGUGCGCCGGUGGCCAAGAAGGCAGUCGGCAAGAAAGCUGCGACUUCACGAAAGAAGUCACCGGUGCUAAUCGACCUGGUAUCGUCGCCUGCCCCGGGCCCGGCUUCCGAUGUGAAAGUGACAACACCAACUGGCAGGAAGCGAAAACUUGGUGCAUCCACACCGAAGUUGCAAGCUUCUAACGGCGGGGAUCAGCCUGUCAAGGAAGAAGGUGGUGCUGAAGCCAAGCCAGUAAAACGGGCUCGAACAGUCUUGCCGGAAUACAUACCUUUGGAAGGCCCAAUGAGGCCGGCGCCCCCUGUACCACCGAAGAAGCCCAUGGUGAAACCUCGUCCUCGCAAGCCUGCGGCGACCUUACCCAAGAAGCCAAAGUUGCAGAAGGCUGCGUUGUCGGCGCUCUCGGCAGCCAAGGAGCCGGCAGCUGGCUCAACGGCUGAUGAUGCAAUCGACGUGGAAGCGGAGUGGGAAGCCCGCUAUGGCUGGCGUGUGGAGGAGGCGGUUGCCUCGACAGUGGGCGUGCAGGUGGACGUGGUUCGCAACGUGGUGAACAUGCUGACCAAUGACUGCACCAUUCCAUUCAUCGCACGCUACCGUCGCGAGCAGACGGGUGGCCUUCAGGCGGAUGGGCUGCAAGACAUCCAGGACACCUAUGCCAGCCUUCUGCAGGUGAAAAAGAAAGCGCGCACCAUACUGGAUACACUGACCAAGGAGAACAAGGGGGACCCUAGUGUGCGCAAGCUCAUCAUCACGGCAAAAAGCAGCGUUGAGCUCGACCAUCUGUUUGCCCCAUACAAGGAGUCCAAGGGUCGCUCCCUGGCUCAGCGGGCCAAGAAUCUGGGCCUCGAAGAGACGGCCCAGCAGAUUCUUCGGGGAGAGGCCACGGUCGACUCCAUCAACCCCGAGAGCCUUGUGAAAGCUGACGUGAAAGGGUUACAGUCGGCAAAAGAGGUCAUGCUGGGUUGGCAACACAUUCUGGCUGAUGUCCUCUCCAAGGACAGGAUGGUCCUUGAUUACCUGGCCAACAUGGCUAAGUCUCCUGGCAUCCUCUUGACGGCCAGCAAGAGCGCCUCGGCAGCCAAGCUGGAACGGCAAGCCUUCGCCGAUGGCACCCCAGGAAUCUGUGACAAAAAGUAUGACAACUACGCCAACUUCUCCAGGGACAUGCGGUCGGUGCAGCCUCACCAGGUGCUGGCCAUCAACCGCGGGGAGUCCCAGAAAGUGCUGACGGUGAAACUGGUGCUGCCGCCGCAGCUAGCACCGGGGCUGAAGCGCUUCUGUGAGUCACGCCUCUGCAACAUGGGCGUGAAAAUGCAGGGCCAGACGUUGCAGCUGGUCAAAGACUCCGUCGAGGAUGCCUACAGUCGAUUGCUGGAGCCCCACCUCCUCCGCAGCAUAAGAUCGCAGCUCACCAAAGAGGCCGAGAAGGAGUCUGUAAGUGUGUUUCGCUCAAACCUCCGUCAGCUGCUGCUCACCCCUCCGGUCAGGGGUCAUGCUGUGCUGGGCAUCGACCCCGGGUUCAAGCACGGCUGCAAACUGGCUGCGGUCUCAGCCAAUGGAAGCCUUCUUCAGCACGCUGUCAUCUACCCUCACAGUGGCAAUAAGGGCCCAGCUGCGAAUAUCUUGAGGCAGAUGGUCCUCACACACAACUGUGACCUGGUGGCCUUGGGCAAUGGCACGGCCUGCCGGGAGACGGAGGCCUUCCUCUCGGAGCUCAUCUCCCAAGGCUGCUUUGAGCCGAUCAAGCUCAAGUACUGCACAGUCGAAGAGAGCGGGGUGUCCGUGUACUCAGUGACCAAGGAUGCAGAAGCAGAGCUUCCAGGCCUUGACCCAAACAUUCGCAGCGCUGUGGGCAUUGCACGAAGGUUGCAGGACCCCCUGCUGGAGUACGUGAAAGUUGAACCCAAGCACCUCGGAGUUGGUAUGUACCAGCAUGAUGUGACCGAAUCGCUGCUGAAGAGUGCCUUGGAGGGAGUCGUCGUGGAGUGUGUCAGCUUUGUUGGGGUUGACAUCAAUGUCUGUCCCGAGUUGACGCUCAGGAAAGUGUCAGGGCUGAAUGCGGGCACAGCCCGCAACAUUGUCGAGUGGCGGACGACCAACGGUCCCUUCCGGAAUCGGCAGCAGCUGCUCAAGGUCAAACGGCUGGGCAACAAGGCCUUCGAGCAGUGCGCAGGAUUUGUCAAAGUCUUCCCCGAGACGGCGUCGGCAGCAAAAGCGGCUGGCGGAGGCACCACCAGUCAAGAGACGACCGCACAGUCUUCUAAGCCCGCGAAAGGCAUCGGCGGCGGCGGCUCUUUCAAUCCGCUUGACAUGACUGUCAUUCAUCCAGAAUCAUACACACUUGCUGAACACUUCAUCUCCCAUUUGGGACUCAACAAGGAGGCCAUUGGGAAGCCAUACUUCAUCGAGAAAGUCCGGCAAGAGACAGCCAAACAUGGCGUCAACCACUUCGUCAACCUCCUUGGCGGGAGCAUAGCCACGAUGCAGCUUAUCGUGGAUGCAUUACAGCACAGCGUUGAGUACGACAUCCGCUCAGAGCAACACCAACCGCUGUUCAAGAGCGGGGUCCUCUCCCUUGACGAGGUGCAUGCAGGCCUCGAGCUCACAGGAAAGGUCAAGAACUGCACCAACUUUGGCGCCUUCGUUGACAUUGGUGUAGGCACCGAUGGACUCAUCCACGUCAGCCAGAUGAACGGCCACACGGUCGCUCUGGGUGACCGCGUCACUGUGCGCGUCCUCAACAUUGAGAGAGACCGCCGCCGCAUAGGGCUGCGCCUACUGUCCAAGGGAUGAGCCACCGCCAUGUCUUCGCAAGUGUGGACGCUAAUGGUUCCCAAGUUUGCGUGCUUUGCGACCAGCCGAAGGAAGCUUGCUACAAGCAACCUUGGUGUGUACAGAGUCAUCAGAAGAGCUGUCAAUGGUAUACUGUGUCUUUAAAACAGUGCACCGAGUGUUGUGUGCUUGUACGUUUAGAGUUCCUGCAUUUGUGUGCUUUUUUUUUUAAUGUGUGCCCUCUACAGCUCGGGACUUCUGCAUUUGGAGGCUUCUUGAACUGCAUGGGGCUUCCAAAGAGAUUGCAGAUGGCACCUUAUGCUCUUUGUCGAGACAACAUGCAGCUUUUCCCUGCUCCGGCACAGUGUGUGAAAUGAGCAGAUCCACAUCCCACUGUAUGCGUUUUCAACGUUGAUAGUGUUUUUGCUGCCACAUUCCAGCACACCUGAUUUUCACCAAGAAAGAAAAUGACCUGACAUGGUUAGGUACGGUUAGCAAUAGACAUGGUUAGACAUGCUAUGGCAGUUUGAAAGCACUUGCAGUCAUGUGACCCCACAGGUAGCCAGUGUUAUGAAAAUGCUGCUUACAUGACGAUUAGGUAAGGACUGUUGCCUGUGCUUACUUAAGAACUUGGCCCAGCAAGCUUUGUAGGCAGUUGCUACCAACCUGCAUGCUGGUUUCUGAAAUGAUUUAGUGAGACAAAGGUUUAUAAGUAGCUAUCCGUAAAAGCAAGCGUAUUAGAGUGUGCACUCUUAAAACGCUUUCACCUAGCUUUAGUCGUGAAUAGGACAUUGCUCAUUUUCCGCUUUGCUUGAACCUUCCUCGCUGUCCAGCCUUGGCAUAUUAGAGAAAAAUUGAGCAUUUGCAAUAUCUUUAGCAGUCUGAAAGGCACACAUUCAUUUCUUCGUGUUUACGAAAGCUGCACUGCUGCACAUGUUAAUGUAAAACAUUGCAAACUUAGUCUCGUACAUGUGUUCCAGCAGCUCAGGAAUGUAUGAUAAAUCAGGAGCAACUGAGUUGUACAUCAUUGGCCACAUAGUUUUGGCUACGUUGACUACACAGCCACUGAGAUCACUGCCGUUUUCAUAGUCAAGUGAACUGGGUGACUACGGAAGCAGAGCACUGGAUGUUUCAGUUCAUUUGCAUCUCCAAUGUGCACGAACUUUUAGGCCCUGUUCUCUUAUCACUAUAUUUGCCUAUCUUUACCGGAAAAACCUGCCACAUUUAGAGUAAUCAAUUAGGCUCCAUGCUUGUUAACCUUAUCAACUGCCUAUGUAUUCAUCUACUCGUUAUAUUAUCUACUCCUUACAACUUCUUAUCCCACACUGUUGCUUAAGUGGCUCCUUCAUCAUUUUUGGCUCCUCCAUUUUUUUUUUUUUUUUGCUUUGCUUGAAACACCAGCAAGCAGGGUAGCAGCCAUUGCCUACAGAGAGCUCUGGGCGGUUUUUGUGUUAGCUAUUACGCAGCUAUUAUUAGUAGCAUUUAUUAGGUAUUAGGCAACUGCUUCUAGUCUAUUUUAUUCCUGUCACAUUUACUGGCGUCAUCUUUUUAUUGCUGUCUAUAAACAAGGUUUACACUCAUAAAAAAAGUUCACACCCCUUGGGGCUUAUCUUAUCCCACAACAAUAAUCGUCAUCUGCCUUGCUUGCAUUUCCUUUCUUCAAUACUCUGUGCUCACUACUUUCCUGUCUCUAGAAUGCUGUGUCGAGCUGAUAAUGCGCAUUCCGUUCACGACUUGGAAGUGCCGGGCUCACAGCGUUAAAAAAAUGAUAUGCAAGCAAGGCAGACGACGAUUAUUGUUGUGGGACAAGAUACAACCCACAGGGUGUAAACUUUUUAAGAGAGCAGAGGUCUGAAUUUUAAUUUUGUUUCUUGAGAGUUAAGCUCACUUUUGUUGGUUUUUAUUAAGACUUAGUUAUGGAGCUUUCUUUUUUUUUAUGCAUUUUGUACAUGCAAAAGGUUGCCUAUGUCUUUCACUGACUAAUUACACGACUGUCAUUGAUUUCCCAGUAAUACCUGGGCAGUGCCAUGUCUCACUAACAGAAAUAUAUGCAUAGAUGCAUUUUUUUUUUUUUUGCUUUGCUUGAAGAGUCAGCAAGCAGGAUAGCAGCCAUUGCCUACAGAGAGCUCUGGGCGGUUUCUUGGUUAGCCAUUAUGCAACUAUGAUUAUUAGUAUUAUUGGGUAUUAGGCAACUGGCACUAGUUUAUUUCAUUCCUGUAACAUUUACUGAUGUCGUAUCUUUAUUGCUGUCUAUAAAUAAGGUUUACAGGCCUGAAUUUUAAUUUUGGUUUUAAGGGUUAAGCUCACUUUUGUUGGUUUUUAUUAAAAGGCUUAAUUUCGGUCCUUCCUUUCUUUUUUUUUAUGGAUUUCGUACAUGCAAAAGGUUGCCUGUGUCAUUCAGUGACUAAUUACAUGACUGUCAUUGAUUUCCCAGUAAUACCUGGGCAGUGCCAUGUCUCACUACUGCCAGUUGUUUGUUUUUACUAUUAAAGAUUUAUUGUCUAUAAACAUGCCCUAAGAGAGAGAGAUAACAAAGAGAGGAAAGGCGGGGAGGUCAACCAGACGAGCGUCCGGUUCGCUACCUAUGCUGGGGGCAAGGGAAAGGGGGAAUAAAAAGAGGAAGGAGGUGAACACCGAGAUCCCAUAACUGGGGAUGUGCGUUGAAUACAUCUGGGAUGACCCAAAGGCCAGUGAUCGUUGCGUGAAUAGGAGGCUGCGGGUGAGUCAUGGGGGCUUACUCGAGACUUGCAAGUACUGGAUUAAGAGCAUCCAGCAUUUGCACUGCACUUCGUGCUGAUUGAAUAUGCAAAUUUCUUUAGGGUAUUAGAAGGGUAUUUUUGAAGGACCGAAACGUCACAACGACUUGCCGAUCUUCUUCGGGCAAUUUAUUGGGAGUCGGCGCUGGGCACACUACCGUGUUGUGCUGUUUCCUUUGGUGUGACUGUGGCUUCAGCUGUGGCACCGGCUGCUGCAUCAGUUGUGGCUCCGGCUGUGACUUCAGCUCUGGCUUCAACUGUGGCUUCAGUCCCAACAUGCCCCAAAUGCGUAGCUGGGUUUGUUCUGUGGUCAAUUUAAGUGAAGCCGCGGUAUUUACUAUACACAGAAGCAAGUUUGAUGCUUUAGUCUCACAGAUGCCAACCAAGCAGUAAAACCAUGGUGCUUAUAUGUGACAUAACAUCAAGUGUGUGUAAUCACUGACUACAACUGUAUAUAUUUGCUUUUGCAUCUGCCUCCUAAGUUUCAUUUGAAUACCUACCAAAAUUUUUAGUUAGGGGCACAGAGUAGGCCCUAUGCUUCCCAUGCAUUUUGAGCCUUAUUUAAGACCCAUUUUCUCAGUAACUAUUUCACAUAGUUCAUUCGUGUUUGUUUCAUUUUAUUUGCGAUCAUGUCUUCUUGCAGUAGAACUAGAACUAAGAUUAUUUGUGAAAGACUAAAUGUUUCCCAAUUUCUUAGAAACACAGCAAGCGUUUGUCGUUUUUUCCAGAGAAAGCAGUUCCAGAAAAAUGAACUAUUGGGUAUAAUAUGUGUACCACUCUAGUUCAGCAGCUAUGCAUUGCUGUCUACUUUGUGCUGGCUAAAUAUCAGCCUUCUGUCAUUUUUAGUUUUUAUAAUAAUGGGGCGAAUGUAAAAAAAAUGAUUCAUUUCGAAAUAUUGUGGCUCAAAGCCAAAAAAAAAAAACAAGUUGACUUCAUUUUUUUUUUUUUUUCGAAAAUGAAAUGCGCUGAACUAUUUGCCUAAUAGCCACCAGUCAUAUAGUCAUUGCCAGAGUCUGCUUUGCAUUUCCUUGCUUGUCUUCUCGUUUCCCUGGCUUGUUCUGUCAAGUCCUCUGCCUCUCUCAUGGCAAAGUACAGUCGGUGAUGAUCCAUCUCACUCAACCACAUCAUAGUGUUGUGCCCUGGCAUCAUGCCAAAUGCCUUCAGGAUGUUAACUCGGGUCAUGCAGCCUUCGUUGAAUAUGAGCAGAGCAUCAAAGGUGGCCGUUUUGGGCAUCGCCAUUCCGAGGAACACAGUUUUCGGUGUGUUCCAGCCACCCGCAUUCUAUAAACCGCACCGUGUGCCUUUAGGUUACCAGAGCACAUUUUAAAAACCUGUUAAGCUGAGAGAAAUUGCCAGUUUUGGUCUUGAAAAUGAUUUACACACGGAAGAAAUAUGAGUGAUUGCCAGGUUGUGCAAAGUCUAAAGGAAUGGGUGUGGCUGCUUGUCAGCUGGUUUCCAAAACCUGGACCUUUUGGCUCAAUCGAAACACGGAAAAACAUGUGGGCCACUUAAUAUUGUUAAGGAAGGCCUAAGCACUCUAUAAAGGUGAAAAGCCAAACAUUGACUUUUAUUUUCCGCUACCCUGUGUGCUUAAAGAACGAGAAAAGAUUAGCUCGCCUUUUUCAGUUUUUUUUUUUUGUCACUCUUGGCAGAAAAAAAAGAUGGUAUGUAAUUAUAAUAAUUAUAAUGUGCAAGCAGGUAAUAAAGCCAUUUGUGUGUUCUCUUGUCCUCGGCUCCUUUAGCACCUACCAGUAAUAGCAAUCUGCAGGGACACCAAUCUAAUGAGAUUUUAACAAAUUACUGCUUAACUGUGCAUGUGUAGUCAGAUUAUUUUUGCCAAAUAAACUGGCACUCGCCUAAGGUUCAAAAGGAAAUAAAACAUAAAAUGAAGUUUUGAGACUGCUACGGGUCUCUUGUUCACAAAGAAGAUGAGCGCAAGAGGGGGCAAUUAUUUAUAUGUUAGAUAGCGUGUGCACAUGUAUAUCUCGGGGAGAUUACCCCGUGACCGGUUAAUCGCUUGUCCAGUCGUUAGGAUAUGUAAAGAUUCUAAGAGUAGUCUUGAAGAUAGGCGCUUCUCUGUCGCGAUUAUGCUCGCAGCAUCCCAAUCGAUGAUGUGGUUAGUAAUGAUGUGAUGGUCUGCCAAGGCGAUUGAACUUGCAUUGCCUUCCUGACAUCGUUCUGGUGCUGCUGAAUCCUUUUAAAAUUCCCGGUUUCACCUAUGUAGGAUGUGUCGCAACUCUUGCACGGAAUCUUGUAGAUUACCCCUGGAAAUCUUGACCUUUCGAAAAAGUCUUUCCCACGUACGAGCUUCUGUCUAACUUUGUUUGUUGGCACACUUGCGAUUUUUAUGCCGUAUGUGCCAAAAGCUCUUGCCAAUGCCUCACUGAUGCCUUGCACGUAGGGGACAGCCGCCUGUUUCUUGUAGCCUUGCAUGGUUAACAACUGAAGACUGCAAUUCUUGAGUCCUCAGAAGCUGCGCUGGGUAGUUAUUGGAGAGGUCCUUCCUUACCACGGCUAGCUCUCUUGUGCGGUCCAGGCUCGGAGCAGAUGCGCAACACGCGAGAGAAGAGUGAACCGGUAAUGGAGUGUUUCUGUCCUAUAGACUUCGCAGAAUCGAACCUCAGGUAUUUCCCCAUGCGAGUCGGCUUCCGAUACACACUGGUUGUAAUGCCCUUGGCUGAACGUGUUAUGAGGACAUUGAGAAAGGCAAUCUGCUCAUUUUUUCCUUCUUCCAUGGUGAACUGGAUACUUGGUUGAAAAAGUUCAGAUGCUCAAGGAAAGGCAGCACGUCUUAGCGACGAAUCACACAAAAGCAGUCAUCUAGUAUCGGGCAAAAAUUUUGGAGCAGUCUUGUACGAGGUCAUCGCAAUAUCUUAAAGUGGCUCUAGGGCAAUGUUUGCACAGGCAACAGAAACGGAAGCUCCCAUUUCUGUUCCGAAGUGCUGCUGAUAAAAUUCUUUAUUAAACGCAAGAUACGUGUUGUUCAUGCAGAAUUCCAGGAGGCGGCAUAAGUCUUGCGUUUCAAAUGGCGUUCAUCGAGGUAGUGAAGCGUCCUUCCCGAGAAGUUCCUUGCAGCCUUGGACUACAUAAUCGACUAGCACACAAGCAAACAUUGACUUUACAUCAAAAAAGACCAUCAACUCAUCGUCAUCGACAGUGAUAUCCCUUACAAGUUCAAAGAAAUGUGUGGAAUCCUUGACUUUAGUGGGUGUGCAUCCUACCAAGGGGCGUAGGACAUGGGGCAGAUAGCCAGAUAAUUCAUAUAAUGGAGAGCAUGUGAAGUCAACUGUUUGCCGGAGGGGGACCUCAGGUUUGUGAACUUUCGGCAAACCGUAGAUUGCUGGUGCAACCAACGGUUUGUAAAUUGUAAUAUUGAGCAUAAUCGCGAUAGAGAUGUGCCUAUCUUCAAGAUUAUUCUUAUAAUUUUUACAUAUUCAAACAACUAGAAAAGCGAUUACCAUAUUUACUCGCAUAAUGAUCGCAAUUUUCUGUCAAAAAAAUUGACGCAAAUUCAGGGGUGCAAUCAUUGCGCAGGUUAAAUUCUCCACAAAAAUAAAUAAUGUUUUUUUCAUUCCGCGUUUGCUGCGGGAUGACAACAGGUCAACAAAUUGGCGGCUGCCGUUGUAUGUAGUGCGGGACACCAAAACAAAGAUGGCGGUCGGUGGAGCAAGCCGAACGUGAUUUUUCUUCUUCUCAUGAGUACAUUACGUGCAUUGAAACAGUUUCUUCCGUAUCAGUAAUUAAUAAUAUCAUUAAUACCGACAAGUUUGCAGCAAUAACGUAGCCAUGUCCACUUUGAGGGGACAGAAACAGAUGGGCGCGCUUAGCUGCCAGUGACAUAGAAACACAUGGCGAGCAUGCUGUGGAAACUGCGGCAUUUGUCUUCACUACUAUCUUAACACAGCACGUUUCCGCUAAGGGUGGGCGAAAAUCUUAGCUGUGUUACAAGCGUCGGUGUAUGAUUAGGGUACACUGAUAACGUAUCAUUGUAAACGUGGCUACCAUCGUUGCUGCUCGCGAUUCGUUGCAUUCCCACGAGUGCGAUAAGAAUCGAAAGGCGCCUUUUUUGUUGUUGACCACAACCAUUAUAAAGCCUACACAGAAUAAAGGCAAGUUUGGUCGUAGCUUUUUUUGUUCGUCAUGGAAGUGCGGAAAGUGAUGAAAGGAAUGAAAUAGGGCAUCUGCUUAAGAAUGUUUGGUGCGUGCAGACCACCUGGUUUGUCUUGAAGAGUCGUUCACGUAGCAUUCGAUAGAUGGUAAGCGCGAUCAUUAUUAGCUAGACUUGGCACACAACAUAUUGCUGCGGCAAGUUCGGGGUGCGAUCAUUACACAGGAAAUAAAAUAAAUUGAAUUUUGACGACGAAAUUCAGGGGUGCGACCAUUACGCGAGCGCUAUCAUUAUGCGAGUAAAUACGGUAAACAGACACGGGGUAAUCUCCCCGAGAUAUACGUGUGCACUCUGCACCACCUAACACACAAAUAAUUGCCCCCUCUAGCGCUCAUCUUCAUUGUGAACAAGGGACCCGUUGCAGUCUCAAAACGUCAUUUUAUGUUUCAUUUCCUUUUGAACCUUAGGCGAGUGCCAGUUUAUCUGACAAAGUAUCACCUCGCCUGACGAGUUUUCGUCAAACUUUGAACUCUAGUCUGAUUAUGUUUUAUAAGUGGUCACCUGAUUGUUGACCUGGUCAGACCUUUGAGUCAUUCCUGGAAUGUUAGUACACUGCUUCACUGCUACAGUAUUACAGCGAAGCGGCAGAGUCAAAGAGAAGGAUAAACACAUCCACUUGCGUAGAUAAUCCCACUUAUCACGGUUUCAUUUUGGUGUGGUUGAUCCUCAACUUCCCAAAGUGUCAAGUUGUUGGGUGGGCCGAUACACACAAUAAAUACCAUGUGCCCCAACACAAGGCUACUAGGACACAACACAGACACAUUGGCAGUACUACUCAAAUCCCAUCUGUAGACCAUUCUCUUCAUUUCGUGUGAACCUUGAUGACACCGCUUUCAGUCGCCUAAUGAUGCUUGUGGUCUUGUACAUGGUCAUCAGCUUUGCUGGCCUUUGCAUGUUUAAAUUCUAUUCCUUUAUGACUAGCUGAGGCACAGGCAUUCGACAGUGCCAAUCCUCAUGGUUUAGUUAAACACCGGCAUCGUGCUGUAUCAUUUUGCGUAGUUAACACUAGCGUCUUGCACAUGCUUGAGGGAGCAGCCAUGAUUAUUUAUUGCGCACAGGCUUUCUGAAACAUGUAGUAUGUUAAACCACAGCAAAAUACCCUAUACAAACAAACUUGAGCAGUAUGGUGAGUUGACACAUCCGGUACUGUUUAAUAAUGAACAUGGGCACACUAAGCGAACGAGGGUCUAAGACAAGAAAAGGUCUAACUCAUACAUUCAGUUGUCUGUAGGCUUAUGGGUCCUCUCUUCCUCUUCUUCUGUCCUCAUUCUUUUUAGGCACUGUUUUCAUUGUGACACUACAAAACGCCAAGGUCUGUCAGGUGUACAGUCGACAGCGAAAGUUUGUAGACUGUGGGACAACACUUUGAAUCUCGGAUUGGUUUUGAAUGUAGCAUGUAAAUUUGUGCCAAACCAAGAUUUUUCACAUUUUCUAGUGCAGGCUGGAUUGGGGCUCUAGAAAUAUUCGGCUUUUUCUCAGAUUCUGCAGUGCACAAACUUUUGGUUCCGUCUGUACCUCAUGUACUGCUACCGCACUGCUGUCGUUGUUACAGCCGUGAUGCAUUAAGCUUUCACGUUUGUUCUUUGGUUCGCUGAAUUUGUUUAGAGAUUUCUUCUGGCAGUCUCAUGCCUUUGUGACUACUACUUAUCCAAGACACAGGUGCACCUGUGUCAUGCCUUUCUUUUCAGCCCAAGACAGUUUUUGAUAUAUACUGUAUUGAAAUUGAGUGAGAACCACAUCACAAACCCAAAAUGACACAAGGGACAACAGCCUCUCGCUUGCUCAAAAAAGAAGGCACAAGUUAUCUUUGAAGGGAUACACCUCAAGUUCUCUUCACUCAGCUCUCAGCGAAUGUUGCCCUACAUGCCAUCCUAGGGUACCAUAAUACUGCGUCGUCGGCAUGUUAAAAUUACAGUGGGUUUGGUGCUCCAGAUUUAAAUAACUUGUUAAGCAGCAACAGCAGUAGCAGGGCUGGCCAGAUUUGAGCACUUUAUAAUUGAGGCCUCGGACGUGCAUUUUAUUGUUUGUAAAAUCCUUAGAAGACAAGUGUUUGACAAUAUAGAAUGCAGGUGUCUGUAAUUCCCAGAACUUGUCGAAUUUCUUGAAAUUGGUUGCCAUAAAAGCCAUCCCUGUUGCCCAAGGCGCAAGAAGAGGGAAGGGUACACAUUAUUGUGUUGCUGUACUAUCUGCAUUGCUUUCCAUGUUUACCAUUGCUGUCUGCCGCUACGUUUCUGUUGCUUCCAAAAACACUCUUGCCAAGAAGCCUACUCAGAUGAAUACCUGGAAGCCGAGAGGCACAAAAUGUGAAGUUGAUUUUGCUCUACCAGGGCAAUUUGAUGUCACGUGCAUAAUGGAAAAUUUAGUUGCAAGUUUGUUGCGAGUCAAUAACAGUGAAAGUGUGCAAACAGCUUUGCAGGAUGUACAUUACUACUUCUCGGAGUACUGUCGGGCAACUAAUUGUAAUUUUGAUUUGUGAGCAGUUGGGUUGUCGUCUCUGCGCUUGCCCUUUAAUAAAGAGGCUGGCUGCAUUGUAUAACUUAUGAAGUGUCUUGUCAGCUGCAAACGGUGCAGCAAAAGCUAUGUCUCAUAUGAGCCAACAAGAACGAAAAUUGGCUGUUGCUUUUAGAGGAGAAAAAAGAAAGCUUUGCCAAUUAUGCACUGCUGAUCAUUCUGUGUCCUUUCACGCAACUGUCUAGCAUGCCCGAGUAUUGGGACUCUUUAGCCUAUGAGUUCUUAUCUAAAUGCAUAGGAACUGAGUAAUCAUUUUGUUUGUCAUUUGCUGAGCCAAUUUUAAUGAAGGCCAUUUUAUUUUACUACCUAUAAGAAGAAAAAAGGUUGUGCUGAUGAUUCAGAGCAGAUUUUUAAUUUAGGCCAGUAUUACGUUAAAAAAAUUGCUGAAUAUUGGAAGAAGAGUGCACAUUAAGUUUACAAUAAGGGUAUGCGAAUAUUUAAAAUUUCAAAUAUGAAUCGAACAGUCCUUCCUAUUGGACUUGUUAUUUCACUGUUCGAGAUUGUCAAAUAUUCAUUUAUGUUCGGAUCUGAGGGAUAGCAAGACUUCACGAAAUUUUGAGAAAGAAUUGCCAAUGCAAAAUUGGGCUCUUCCGAAUUAUUCUGCAGCAGGAGAGUUGUGGAUGUUGCACAAGGGCAUCCAGUUCCUGAGCUCACUUACAGGGAAGAUAACUUGUGCUGAAUAAUGCUCCGUCAUUCAAUAAGAAUGCCUUGCCUUUAGAUAGCCUAUAAAUCUGUUGUCUAAAUUUAGUUAAAGCAUUUCAUUAUUUGGCCACAGUCCUGGCUUGUUUGCACCCCUUUAAAACAGUGUACAGCGCUGUGACAUUGCACUCUUACCCUUCAACAACUGAAUAACUAUAUUAGGCUAGAGCUGUCCCGCAAAAUGCUGCUAGGAUUUGUGAUGAAUAGCUGUGAUGAAGUUUCUUGAGUAGGAAGCACAGGGGCAACUUACAAACGCAGUAUUAUACAGGUUGAGAAAGUCCCUUCAUUCACCGUUCACCUCCGGAAUGAGGACAAGGAUUGACCGCUAAGCGUCUGCAAAUGGACCACUAUUGAAUAGAUGUACACGCGACUGGACUUCGAGACAAACUCCUUGCAAACUCUUUAGGAAUGACUAGACUGGCCUCCAUUGUUUAUUUUGCUAUAAAUUCUUUGCAAAUGUGGGAAGCUAAACUGUCUAAUGGAUUUUUGAGGUACUUUUAUGUUAAUCUUACUCUGCUAACUUCAAUAAGCAAGUGGUAAGGAGCAAAAAGGCAAGGCAGUUGAGUUUAGAAAAAAAAAAUGUCACUACAAUAUAGCUCUACAGCUUUCUAGUGUAUGUGUAAAGACUAUGCAUAAUACAGGGCUGUAUAGUUCUUGUACAAGGGCUCUACCAAAGUCACUCAUUGCCUGUUGCAGCCAUCAAAAUAAAAGGGCUGCUGGUAUGUGCAACUGUUCUGCAUCAGAACUGUUAUUCCCUCGCCUGCAAGUUCAUUUUUCUGUCAUGUGAAUUUUUUUUCAGUAAGUGUUUGCUAAGUAUUAAAUAAAAUGUUGUGAUCA